CUUUUUGCACUGCCAAGAGAGGGAUUUCGACGGAGGAGAUGUACGGUCACAGAGCCAUUUAAAUUAGGUAAUUCGGUGUGUGAAAACUCCGACUUUGCUGCCCGUAUGGACAUCACAAAACUUAAGCUUAUGGCAAAUCCUGCUGGUGUUUUAAUCGAUUCCGAAACCAAGGGUACAAACAAUUUAGUGACUGCUGAAGAUGUGGAUUGUAGCUGUGCUGAUAUGGAAAUCGAACGAAGUAGCUUAGAGGUCAAGGGAGAAAGAGAUGACUCCUUGGAUAUUAAAUCUGAUGGUAAAGAUAGAUGGAUUGCUAAUAAUGAUGUUAUGGCCCGAGAUAGCGAGGAAGAGGAUUCCUUCACUCUAGAAGGUGAUCGUGUUUUCGAUCUCGAUAGCUCUUGUUCGCUAUCGGUUGCAAGUGAGACUAGUAGCCUUUGUGGAGAGGAUUUCAUGGGUUUUGAUGCUACUUCUGAGGUAGAAACACUAAGUACUGUGGAUAAUGAGAAGAGCAUUUGCAGUGUAGAUAUAAUUGCAAAAGCCACUAACUUUGUGGAGUCAAACGCUGAAACGGUGUUUGCAAGUGAUCCCCUUGUUGUGGUAGUAAACCUUGAGGAAGAUAUUGGAGACGGUUCUGAACAGAAGCCAUCUGCAGUUCUUCAAUUGGCACUCGAAAACCAACCGAGUAUGUCAAGUCCGGUUGGACGCAGUGUGUUUGAGGUGGAAUAUGUGCCUCUUUGGGGAUUUACCUCUAUUUGCGGAAGACGACCAGAGAUGGAAGAUGCAGUUGCAGCGGUGCCUCGGUUUUUGAAGGUUCCACUUCAGAUGCUAAUCGGUGAUCGAAUACUUGAUGGCCUUAGUGGGGACUUUGCUCAUCAGACUGCUCACUUCUUUGGGGUCUAUGAUGGUCAUGGAGGUUCACAGGUUGCAAAUUACUGUCGUGGGCGUCUUCAUUCUGCCUUGGUUGAGGAAAUAGAGUCUGUUAAGAAAUGCCAGAGUAAUGCAAGCAUAACAGAUAGUUGCCUAGAGCUGUGGAAAAGGGUAUUCACAAAUUGUUUUGUUAAGGUUGAUGCUGAGAUUGGAGGACAAGCUGAUCAAGAACCCGUUGCCCCUGAAACAGUUGGUUCCACUGCUGUUGUCACCCUUAUUUGUUCUUCACAUAUAAUUGUCGCAAACUGUGGAGAUUCUAGAGCUGUUCUAUGUCGUGGGAAAGAGCCGAUGGCUUUGUCUGUGGAUCAUAAACCAAACCGAGAAGAUGAAUAUGAAAGGAUUGAAGAAGCUGGAGGCAAGGUUAUCCAGUGGAAUGGUCAUAGAGUUUUUGGUGUUCUUGCAAUGUCAAGGUCCAUUGGUGAUCGGUAUUUGAAGCCAUGGAUCAUUCCAGAUCCAGAAGUAAUGUUUAUUCCGAGAGCGAAAGAAGAUGAAUGCCUCAUUUUGGCCAGUGAUGGUCUAUGGGAUGUAAUGUCAAAUGAAGAAGCAUGUGACCUAGCUCGGAGACGAAUACUUCAAUGGCAUAAAAAGAACGGUGCUACACUUGCUUCAGAAAGGGGUGAGACAAUCGAUCCCGCCGCUCAAUCUGCAGCAGAAUACCUUUCAAACCGAGCUCUUCAAAAGGGAAGCAAGGACAAUAUCACAGUACUUGUGAUCGACCUGAAAGCUCUAAGGAAGUUCAAGAGUAAGACAUGACGAUGAUCUCUCGACCGUCUUCC